UACUUUUGAAACGUGGCAGUUCUGACAGCUCUUAAGCUUGGAGGUGUGCAUGUAAAGAAUGUAAUAGAAGGGGACCCAGACCAACCAACUAUCCACGAUAGCGUUGGAAGAAGAGUUUUUGCAGAGGGCCUGGCUGCACUUUUUCUAAAUCCAUAUGUUAAGUCACCUGUGACUGUGGGCAUCUCAGGUGAAUGGGGAAUUGGCAAAUCCAGUUUAAUGUUGCAGACUGAAAUGAUUUUGAUACAAGCGGCAGCUCAGCAAGCGUUUCCAAAUAUUCUACCAAUCGAGGAUUUUCCACAACAGUUCAAGCUAACUCGGAAAGAUAGAAAAAAAUACAAUAAAGUUAGGGAUGGAGUGAAAGCUUUAUUGGCAGCCACUAGAACAGAUAACAUUGUUGGUGAUCCACUUGUCUAUUUUCUUGACAAUUAUCAAGACAAAUACCACCAAGUUUAUAAAUCAUUAGCACUCAUGGAACGCGGUGAGAUGGAUAAAACGUUAGAUUCAAGUGCCAACCUGCACAAGAUUCCUAAUGUUCUAACUGUUCGCUAUAACGCAUGGCAUUACCGGAAUGAGUUAGAAGCGUGGGCAGGCUUGGCUGUUACAAUAACAAAGGCGAUGGAAGAAUCAAUGACAGAGUCCCAGAGAAUUAGGUCUCGCUGGCGAUACACAAAGAAUGAACGAGGAGGCGAAAUACUUCUACAAUUUCUUUUGCCGUGCAUCCUUGCUCUUUUUCUUUCGGGUUUGGCUACUUGGACAGUCUGGAUGUUGUUAAGAAGAUCAAAGCACAGUGAUCUCGAAGGCUUAAAAUAUGGAUCGAUAGCUAUAACUCUAGUAGUAAUUUUUUGGACUGUAAUGAGACAGUUGCUUUCUGUUUUUAAACCUGUCACUGUUCAAGUUAUGAAAUAUAUUCAUCUGCCUGACCAUAGCACAAAUCUCGGUUAUCAGCAUCAAGUCAUAUCUGACAUCAAAUUCUUAAAAGAACAAAUUUGUGAAAAACCUUCUUUGCUUUGGAAAUUCCUUGCUGGCAAUUGGCUAUGGGGUGACACUGUCAAAGGCACGUCCAUUCCGAAGUCACAUCCGCCUUCCAAAAAUGAUCUUCGCAUGAUUGUCUUUGUUGACGAUUUAGAUAGGUGCGAAGACACCGUCAUUUUAAAGGUACUCUCUGCAGUUAAUUUGGUCUUAGCGGUUUGCGACAUCAACGUGAUUCUUGGAAUGGACAAAAAAAUGAUCUCAAGAGCAAUAGCAAAUAAUUAUCAAAACCAAUAUCAAGACAAUAAUAAUUCAAAUGAGGUUGAUGCGGAUAAUUUGGCGGAGAAAUAUUUACGCAAGAUAAUUCAGCUAACCUUGGCCUUGCCACAUCUUGGCAAUGAUGAAAGAAAAGAGUUUCUAAAUCAGCAGUUGGGAGAGGAGAUCAAGGAAAUUGGCAAUGACGUGACAGAGGGGAGCUCACGACCUUCACCAGGUGCUCAACUGAAUGAUCCAGAAAACCUACAUUUUCUGGUUGAUGCAGAUGGUCAGUUCAGUGAUCAAGAAAACCUUCCACAAAACUAUCCACAAACCGGCCCAGAUUCUUUACUAGAUGCAGAUGCUCAACCCAGUGAUGUAGAAAACCCUCAUGAAAACCUUCUACAAAACCAUCCACAAAGCGUCCCAGGAUCUUUAUCAGAUGCUCAACCCAGUGAUGUAAAAUACCCACUACAAAACCGUCCGCAAAGUGGCCUAGAGAAGCGGACGGUAAUUUUUAAAUUACUCAAUUGUUUUAGAGCAUUGAGGAGUAGGCUUUACGGAUGGAAUAAGUCAGAUCGGGAUAUGAGGAGGUCGAAACUGAAAAGCACAAUAGUAAAUAGUCGCCAGUUGGUAAUGCGAAGAUAUAGCCAUGAAGAACGGCGAGCGAUAGCUUUCUUGAGCACACAAACAACAGAUGACCCACAGCUUCCUCGGGAAUGGAAAAGAUUCCUUCUAUACCACCGUCUAGCGUGGAACAUUUUUCUUAUAAGCAAGCAAGGGAAAAACUUAUCAGGAUGGCAGGUUCAGUUACUUGUAUGGACCUUCUGUUGCUGGCAAUGGAAAGACAAUGUCAACUGUAUUACGAAGGAUUGGAAGAAGCUUGUGUCUAUAAAGGAUGACACUGUAAAUGACGAGAACCCCUCAUUCAAAACUAUUGUUGAGCAUUAUGUUGACAGAAAUGUAGAACCUGAGGAAAGGCAUAAAUGGCAGUUCCUAAUUCAGAUUUUAUUCAAAUAUGAUGUCACCAUGGAGAGCAUUCAAUCUUUUGAAAAGUUUCGACUAAAUUGUGACAUUGGAUAUCCCCUUCGGCUUCCUCCAAAUGCAAUAGAGUCAAUCAGCGGCAUCUCCAACUUGGAAUCUCUCUAAGAAAUGUUGUAUUUCUUGUUAAGUGGAAGAUGAAUCAGAGUUAUUAGAACCUCAAAAAUUAUUAGUGCAAGUCCGAAAGCAAGAGCUAAGUAAUUUCAUAUUUUUCAGACAAUCAUGGCAGAUAAAUUAAUUAUCCUCUAAUACUAUUGCCCAUGCCGUCACCUACCAACAAAACUGUGUUUCCAGCCGACUACGCAUCGAUUGACUUCUAGAGGCUUCAGUCCACAUGAUUCUUGUGUUGCACUCUUUCAACUGCCCAUCAUUAAUUUUGUAACUAACUCUUAUCCAGAGUCUUCUAUGUAUCUUCUUAUAAGUUCAAUUGUAAGGGCCUAUA